AUGGGACUACCCGGGAAGAAGUUAAGGAGGGAAGAAAAUGAUUUUGAGUAUGAAAGUAGCAAUGGGAGGGAAAGAAAAGACGUAUCCCUUGGUUCGCGUAUGUCUUCUUUUGUCGGCGCGGUGGAUAAUGAUAAAGAUAGCGAGGAGGAAGAGGAUUUACAGCAUGAGGAUACAGAUUUCGAUAUCGAAACCACUGAACGAGAAGAAGUCAUUCAUCCUCAAACCACCGCAAAAUCCACCACAAAAUCCAGGAUCCCGAUAGAAUAUCUCAAAUCUAGAAGACCGAUCCCCAGAAACACGAUACCGAGGGAUGCUACUAGAGAUAAUUAG